AUGAGCUCCAACACCACCAUUGUCAUUGGCGCAAGCCGAGGUAUUGGCCUGGAGCUGGCGAAGUCUCUCGCUCAGAACCCUGAACACCAUGUCGUCGCAACCAUGCGCAAGCCUUUCGUCUUCGGCUCGGCAAACGUUGACGUUCUCGAAUUCGACCAGACGAACCAGAAAUCCGUCGAUGCAGCAGCCGCGAAAGUCAAAGAAGCUGACACAUUGAUCGUCAACGGUGCCAUCGGCGAGGAUGAGCUCCUCACCAAGAUCUCUUCUGACAGACUCCUUCAGUACCUUGACACGAAUGUCGCCGGCCCUCACAGAGUCAUCAAUGCAUUCCUCCCAGCACUGCGAGCUCGCAAAACGCGAAAGAUUAUUUAUAUUUCUUCCACAGCAGCUUCACUUACUGGCCAAGUCGGCGAGAAAUGGGGUCUUCGCGGACCAUAUGCAACCUCGAAAGCUGCUGGUAACAUGUUGGCUGUUCAAUUCCACAACGAACUCCACGAAGAUGGAUUUACUGUGGUGGCAAUUCAUCCGGGUUGGGUCGAUACCGACAUGGGCAGGACAGCAGGUCCCGGUGCCAUGCCAACAAGCGACUCAGUGCAGAAAAUCAUGCAGAUAGUCGACGGACUGACUAGCACUGACGGUGCUAAGUUUUUCAAUAUUGACGGCACAAUUUUGCCUUGGUGA